AUGCCGACAGUCACGGAAGAGCUGGUGGAUUUCCUUCACCAUGGCAAUUCGCAAAUCCGUCAAAUUGCUUGUGAGAACCUCGUCGGGUACUCUAUCGCUCAACCGAGCCUGUUCAAACGGCAUCAAUUACUUCCGAUCCGGGAUCUGAAGCUAUUGACUCGAGACUACACCCCGAUCGCCAAGAAUGUCUUGACGAUCCUAGUCAACCUCUCAGCCGAUGAGGAGAUCCUGAAGGUCCUCGCAGAGGAUGAUGAAUACAUCGAGACCCUUUUACUGAAACUGACGAACGUCAAGGAUCCAAAUGUCGAUGAAACGGCCAUGCUUCUGGCCAACCUCGUCAAGUCCGAUCACCUCCACAGAUUACAUACAUUGAAGCGUAGAGUGCCCGAGGGGGUGUCGACUUCGGAGAAUGCCAUUGAUCAGCUGAUGGACUGCUUCGUGAAGGGUGCAGAGGGGGGUCUCAAUAAGGACGCCAACUACGAUUACCUGUCCUACUUCUUCGCCGACCUGUCCCAAACCGAGCAGGGACGGGCCUAUUUCACCACACGUCAAGAGUAUGAUGGGGUCGUCCCCAUCACGAAGCUGACGGUGUUCACGGAACACAAGAGCGAGAUCCGUCGCAAGGGAGUCGCCUCCACGAUCAAGAAUGUGGCCUUUGACAUCCCCUCUCACCCCAUGUUGUUCGCCGAAAACGAGGCCAACCUUUUACCCUAUCUGCUCCUGCCUAUCGCUGGACCAGAGGAGUUCCCCGACGAUGAAAUGGCGUCGAUGCUACCAGACCUUCAGCUAUUACCGCCCGACAAGCAGCGUGAAAGCGAUCCCACCAUUCUGAUUACCCAUCUGGAGACAUUGCUGCUCCUGACAACCACUCCCGAAGGCCGGGCUCUCAUGCGGUCGGUGCAGGUGUACUCGUUUAUCAGAGAGUGUCACUUGAAUGUCGAGGAUGAAGGAGUACGGGAAGCGUGUGACCGACUCGUGCAGGUGUUGAUGCGAGAUGAGGAAGGGGAGGGAGCUCAGACCGAGGCCGGCCUGGCCCAGGCGCAAGCACAGAUCGAAGCCCCUGCCGAUGAAGAUGAGAAAGAAUCAUCUUCAUAUGGAGUCACUCCAGCGAACAGAGAACAAAAGAGUAUCAAUUCCACCAUCACGACGGCCGAUAUCCCGCUCCAGACGCGGAAGCUAUCUUGUCCCAACCUGAGGGGCGAGGAGCUUCCCGCCGAAUCGCACCAAGUGGAGGGGAACUGUGACCAUUGCCCGUCCAAUUCUACUUCCAGUCCACAUUCUGAUCGAGAUAUUGAUCCUGAAUUGUGUGAGAAUUGUGACAGGAGCGACAACAAUGGAAACUGCGACUCGGACCUUAAUCUUGACCUUGACCUGGAUCCCGACGUGAGCCCGCCCGCUUCCACGUCGCUCGCCCAGCGCCUCCGCGCCCUCAUGUCGCGCACCCCUCUGGUCCGGUCGUCGCCCGCCCUGGACUCAACGUCGUAUGGCACCAACGAAAUGUCCGUAGGGACGUGGGUGGAAGCAGAUCGCUGCAAACGAGUCUCGAGGCCGGCGCAGGUCCAUCGCGGGAUGCAGAACAUCGAUCCAAACCAAAACGCUCGCAUUCAUCGGGUCGAAGAAGCAGCGGCUGGCAUGGGGGCCGACUCAAAAUUCUCAUUCGCGACGGGACUAGCGGUGCCUGGGAAUUCCGUGAUGCAGGAUACCCCGGUCUCUUCCCCGUAUAUGACGAGUGACGAGGAAGACUUCCUGGAUGUGGAGGACACGGACUCGAAAUUCCCCGACGAGGAUCCUCCGGACAAUUCCCCCUAUGCCCAAGUUCGAGCAACGGUCCCAGCGACAGACGACACCACUCUGUCAAUCAACACCCCUCGAAUGUGGAUUCUCUCGUUGCUCUUUUCACUUACCGGCUCCGCUGCGAAUCUUUUCUUCUCUCUUCGCUAUCCGAGCGUGGCCAUCACCCCGAUUAUUGCUCUGGUUCUAGUCCACCCACUGGGCAAGUUCUGGGAUGUUAUCUUGAAAAGAACUGACGAUCCUCUUGAAGUGUUUGAGAAUGGAACCCUCGACCAUCGGGAAUCCCUAGCCGGCGAGAUUGAUCUCUCUAAUCACUCGUGGGUCUCCCGAGUUCGACUAUGGCUCGCCCAGGGCCGUUGGAAUGAGAAGGAACAUGCAUGUGUCUACAUCAGUAGCAAUGUCUCGUUCGGAUUCGCCUUUGCAACAGACGUGAUCGUCGAGCAACAUAAAUUUUAUAAUCAAGAAGUUCCAAUUAUGUAUCAGUUGCUGCUGAUCAUCUCGACCCAGGUCCUAGGCUAUGCCUUUGCGGGAUUGACCAGAAGGUUUCUAGUGCGGCCAUCCGCGAUGAUCUGGCCGGGAACUCUCAUGUCCACUGCCAUGUUUUCCACGAUGCACAAGUCCACCAACAAGAAGGCGAAUGGGUGGAGUAUCUCCCGCUACAAAUUCUUCAUUCUAGUCUGGGGUGGAGCCUUUCUUUGGUACUUUGUCCCGGGCUUACUGAUGCCUGCCCUGAGCUAUUUCAGUGUGAUCACUUGGUUUGCUCCCAAGAGCGUUGUGGUCUCCAAUCUGUUUGGUGUGGCCUCGGGUCUUGGAAUGUUUCCUGUAACGUUUGAUUGGGCUCAGAUCGCAUAUAUUGGAUCACCUUUACUUACGCCCUGGUGGGCUGCCGCGAAUAUAGUUACCGGACUGGUAGUCGUCAUCUGGAUCAUUGCCCCUAUCCUAUACUUUAAAAAUGUGCUAUUUUCGUCCUUUAUGCCUAUCCUCUCAGCGGCUGUGUUCGACAACGAGGGUCAUCCAUACAACGUGAGCCGAAUCCUAACUUCGGAUUUUAUGUUCGAUCAGAAGGCCUACGAGGACUAUUCACCAGUCUAUCUUCCUAUUACCUAUGUACUAUCAUAUGGAGUUCAAUUUGCGGCCCUUACAUCCCUCGUCACCCAUACUGUGUGUUGGUAUGGCAAGGAUAUUUGGCAGCAAACUCGCCGGGCAUUUGAGGAACGACGAGAUCUUCCAGACCUUGACACAUAUGAACCCCUGCAGAGUGAAAGUGGUCACCCGCAGACUCGCCGCAAUUAUGAUAUCCCUAGAGACUCACAGGAGCUCCCUCGAGAGGUGCCAUUAGGAAUGGAGGAUGUCCAUUGUCGCCUGAUGAGGCGAUACAAAGAUGCCCCACUCACAUGGUAUCUCCUUGUGCUUGUCACCAUGGUUGUCACUGCCAUAUAUACCGUGGAACACUACCCAGUCCACCUGCCUUGGUAUGGACUGCUUCUGGCACUGGGCGUAACGAGCGUGUUUUUCAUCCCGGUUGGUAUCAUCAUGGCCGUGACCAAUCAACACAGCAGUCUCUAUUUAAUCUGCCAGCUCCUUUGUGGCAUCGUCUUUCCCGGACGGCCCGUUGCGAACAUGAUCUUCGUGACCUACUCCUAUAUCAGCUCCGCGCAAGGCAUCAAGUUCUCCUCCGAUCUCAAGCUCGGCCAUUACAUGAAAAUCCCACCUCGCAUUCUGUUUAGCGUACAGAUGGUUGCUACGUUGGUCUCUAGUUUAACCCAGAUUGGCGUGUUGAAUUGGAUGUUCACCCACAUCCCCAAACUGUGCACUCCCCAGGCGCUGAAUGGAUUCAACUGUCCGAUUGCUCGAGUGCAUUUCAAUGGAAGUAUUCUCUGGGGUGUCGUGGGUCCGCAACGAUUCUUUGGCCCAGAUGGUCUGUACCGGCCCUUGGUGUGGGCAUUCUUGAUUGGCGCCGUGGCCCCGUUGGGCGCUUGGGCCCUUGGUCGACGAAGCAAUAAAAGCUUUUGGCGUAAGGUUAACUUCCCCAUACUGUUUGGCAGCCUCAGCUGGAUCCCCCCGGCUACAGGGCUGAACUUCUCCACCUGGGCAUUGGUAUGCUUCGUUUUUAAUUAUGUGAUCCGUCGCCGCAAGACGGCUUGGUGGGAGAAAUAUGCCAUGACCCUAUCGGCCGCCUUGGACUCAGGACUAGCUUUCGCCGUGGUGAUCGUGUUCUUUGCUCUCAUCUAUCCCGGUUGGGUCGCGGGAUUCCAAUGGUGGGGAACGGAGAUUUACAAGCAAGGCUGCGACUGGAUUGCCUGUCCCUACCGGCAUCUGGAACCAGGGCAGAAGUUCGGAACUUGA